UUUAGUAUAGAAGUAACAAAAUUGCAUCACCCUUUCUUUUCAAUUGCAUAGUUACCAAACAUGGCUUUGAGGCUCCUAUCUUGCAAAUUGAGUAAUAUAAGCAUAUGCAGUUCAUUGCAAAUUUUAGGAAGAAGCCAUGAAUUUCUGAGAAAUGUGCGACAGCUUCACUGUGUUCAUAGGACUGACCGUGGACUGCUGCAGGUGCGCGGUGUUGAUGCUAGCAGCUUCCUACAGGGACUCAUAACUAAUGACAUGAACCACCUGAAGGAAGGUGCCUUGAGUAUGUAUGCCAUGGUCCUCAAUGCCCAAGGCAGAGUACUGCAUGAUGUUAUCAUUUACAACAAUCAGGAGGAAGUGUCCCCCUUGGAUGCAGUGGAGAAUUAUAUCAUCGAAAUUGAACUUAAACAUAUUGACAGAUUAGAAAGACAUUUGAAAAUGUACAGAUUGCGGAAGAAAAUUGACAUAAGUGUUGUUGAAAAUAAGAAGUGUUGGGUUUUAUAUGAUCCAGAAAUAGACUUUGGUUCUAUGCGCCAGGUGGACUUGGAGUGUUUAUACCUGAAUCCCAAAGUGGACUCAAAGCAUGCGUUAGAACUGACAACAAACCCUGACAAUUCUAUUAUUGUUAGAGAUCCGCGAAUGCCUUAUUUAGGACACAAACUUCUACUACCUGUGGGUUAUGAGCCUCAUGAAUGUGUACAGGAAUUGACAAACGGGACUGAGGAUUCGUUCACGAGCUUCAGAUAUAAACUCGGUGUAGCUGAAGGCUCUCAAGAACUGCCUCUGGGUGACGUGAUGCCUCUGGAAGCCAACGUAGAUUUCCUGCAUGGCAUCAGCUUCCAUAAGGGCUGCUAUAUCGGUCAAGAGUUGACAGCUCGCGUGUUCCAUACCGGCGUUGUCAGGAAGCGCUACUUGCCUCUAGUGUUCUCCUCUGCACCGACUGACUUGAUCCCUGCCGAGACUAGCAUCGUCAACAGCAAGGGCAAGACCGUGGGGCGUAUGCGCGCGCACUGUGGGUUGUAUGGCGUAGCUCUACUGCGGGUUGCCGAGUGUCUUGCUGAUGCAAGUAACCUGUUGGUGGCUGGGCUACCUGUCUCCACCUUUCGACCAGCCUGGUGGCCUAUUGAAGCGCCAAAACAAACGUGACGACGCCCAUUAGAGGGCUUGAGGUUCAUGAUAAAUAUGGUCAUGUCUUGAAUGACUUAAUUGGAGUCAUGGCUCAAAUGUUUGUACAAGAAAAUGUCAACUUUCGUAGUUUGUCACUGAAUCAUUUUUCCUGCUACUGGUUUACGAUGACAAUUUUCAAUAUUCUGAAUGAUAAACCACUGGAACUAACAUAUAUAAAGGAAGAAUCGAUAAUUUAUGAUGAUACGUUAGUCUACUUUCCACCUAAUCUCGUGUUUGUGUUCUAGUCGGCAAUUUUAGUUUUUCUAUUUUUAAGAAUUUUUACUCGGGAGCCUCCAAACGUGUCUAUGUUGCAAAAAGUUUAAUAGUUGUUAAAUACGCGUAGUAAUUAACCUUUAUGUACUUCAUGUGUUGCAGAUACGAACGUGGCGAACCAUUCCCUGCUCAUUUAGAUCGUUCACAGAGAUUUCGUACAUUAAAUAUUAUAAGUUGAUUCCAGCAAUUUUUUCUAAGGAGUCGAGUAUUAUUUACCAAAUGUGUAAAAUAAGCUAU